AUGGAAAGUCAGACCCAAACUUUGGAAACUUUACAAACGAAGGUGGGGAGUUUUGAAAAUGAUUUGAAAAAACUUUGGACAUAUAUACAUGACAAUGAGAAGAAGACCAGUGAGCGAAUAAACAGGGUGGAGGACCGGGUCGAAUCAGCGGACUUCAACUUAACUAAGAUGUCGGAACAGGUGUUGGGAUUGGAAACCAGGGAGGAAGAAAUGAGGGCAGAGCUUGUGUACCUUCAGGCGCAAUCCAUGCGCAAUAACCUGGUUUUCAGCAACAUACCGGAGACUCAGGGAGCUAAUGCUAGCCCAGAGGACUGCGAGAGAGUGAUCAGGGACUUUAUGAUGGAGAAGAUGAAACUGGCACAGGAGCUUGUGGACAGCUUUAAGUUUGACAGAGUACACAGAAUGGGUCAGAGAAGGCAGGGGUCCAGUAGAAAUAUUGUUGCCAAAUUUACACUUUUUAAGGAGAGGGAGCUGGUAAGGAGGCAGUCAAGUGCGUUAAAGGGGACUGGCAACUAUGUUUUCGAGCAAUUCCCACGGGAGGUUAGCGAGAAACGUAGACGAAUGGUGCCACGUAUGAAGGAAGAACAGCGGAAGGGUAACCGUGCCUGGCUGUCAUAUGACACUCUGUACGUGAACGGACACCCUGUGAGUGAGGGAAUUGCGACGAAGAGAUAG